AUGUUCGGUCUCGGGUGUAGUGUGCAAAAGAAACCUGCGUACCGACAGCAGGACGAUGUGCACAUGGUGGUCAGAAGCAGCAGGAGUCAUGGUGCUUCAAUUGCCGGCGUCCGCAGGAAACGCGGCCAUCACCCAAAAUUUAGCGCGAACACUCAGAUGGACAACGACGUCACCCCGGUUUACUUGGCCGCACAAGAGGGACACCUGGAAGUACUCAAAUUCCUCGUGCUCGAGGCAGGUGGUUCGCUGUACGUCCGAGCCAAAGACGGCAUGGCCCCAGUGCACGCCGCCGCUCAAAUGGGAUGUCUCAACUGUUUGAAAUGGAUGGUCAGAGAUCAAGGAGUCGACCCGAACCUCAGAGAUGGUGAUGGUGCAACAGCGUUACAUUUCGCCGCGAGCAGAGGUCACGUUGACACGGUGCGGUGGUUGUUGAGGCACGGCGCCAACCUAGUCGUCGACAAAUACGGGAAGAGCCCAAUCAACGACGCAGCGGAAAAUCAUCAGAUGGAGUGUCUGAACAUAUUGGUGCAACAUGGUACGAUGCCAGAUUAUCACGACGAGAAAAAGAACGGCAGGUUGUUAGGCUGUACGUGUCGAAAAGAAGAACCGAAAACACGAUGCUCGUUUGCCGAUUGCGUCAACUACAAGAAGAGCCAGGAACCGUUUUACCUGCAUCCCCCGUCGGCGGUGGGCGGUCAUCAGCACCAGCACCAGCAACAACAGCAGCAGCAACAGCAUAACGGGACCGGACGCGGCAAGGUGGCCGUCAAAGACGGUCUGUACGUCGUGAAAACGCCACCACCACCGCCGCCGCCGAUGCAACAGCAGCAACAGCAGUUUUGCAAAGUCAACUCGGCGGCGUCAUUGCUGCAGGCCGUCGAACCGGUCAGACCGCCGCAGCCGCAGGGACCGUUUUACCUGCACAACCCGAACGGAGUGAUCGACGACCCGGUGAAGGACAUAUUCGCGACGGACAAGACCGCGGCAAAGACAGCGUCGUACGUGACCACGGCCGCUCCUCCGCCGCCACCUCUGCCGGCCAUUGGCCUCAACACCAUGACCGUCAAAGUGGAGGUGCACAGCAGCAACAGCAGCUCCGGCGCCGGAUCGGACGAGAACCUCAGCUCGUCGUCGUCGGAUCGGGGCAGCGACCAGGGCACGGCGGCCGGUGAGAACGACUACGAGGACAUUUACGAGGUGAGGCAGCGGGCCGAAGGCGUAGGUCUUCUGCACCACGCGCAGCAUCACCACCGCGGCAAAGAGUCCAAGAGCCCCAGUCGGGACUCGGGUAGCCACAGCCGGUCCGGAUCCAUGAGCUCCACGGGCAGCGGAGGCGGCGGCACAACCGGAGUCGUCGGUUCGUCCGUGGUCGUGCUCCACACUAGCAGUGGAGGUGGCGUCAGCGACGGCACGUUGGUCAACUCAUCGUGUGCGACAAUCACCAACGUCACUGUCAACGGCUCGCCAGACAUGACCGAAUGCUACGAGACCGUCGGCGUAAUGACGCCAGAGUCGGGAGUGUCGAGCGGCUCGCCGUCGGACGUGAGCCAUUCGGCCGAAGACUCGGACCCGGAGCUGCCGGGCCAACACCACCAUCAUACGUUGCCGCUGCACGCGGCCGUUCACCACCACAAGGAACGGACGCCGCUGAAGCGCGUGGUGUCGGAACCGGCGGCGGGCGUGUGUCCUCCACCGCCCCCGCCCCCCAUGCCCGUCAACGAUUUCCACGGACAGGUGUACGUGUACGUGCAACAGCAGUCAGUCCGCAAUUCGAGAGAAUCUUCGGAUGGUGGAGGGGCGUUGGCUACGGCGAUGACUGGACCUCAGCAACCAGCAGCGUUCAUUCCACCAAAGUUCCCGGCCACGGGCGUUCAUGACAUAGGACUCAUCAAACCCUCAGAGUACCUGAAGAGCAUCGUCGGCGGCGGCGUGGGCGGCAAUACCGGUGACCCGAACGAAGUUAUCAGGCCGGCGAACGUGCCUUUGCACAGGACCAAGUCCGAACUGUCUGUGGCCGUCCAACACCAACAGCAGCACCAGCAACAGCCGUUGGCCGCUAUCAGCAUACACGACUUGCACAGCGUACAGCUCAAGAAAACGCCAGGCACCGUGAAGAUCAUGCAGAACAACAACAACAACAAUAACGAAGUGGACAAGCAAUCUGGUGUCGUGCCUCCGUUACAAGCACAAAGGCAAGAUCUGAUAGCAGAAUUAAAAAUGUCCAAAGAUAUUAACGGCAUUAAAAAGAUGAAAGUGGAAAAAGUCAAAAUGGACGAGAUGAGCGAAAAACAAAAGAUCAACGAGAUCACCAAACAGUUGUCGCCCGACAAUAUAAUAGAUCAGAUCCCGGAAAAGGACGCCAACGGUAAUGUGAUACCCGCGUGGAAGCGUCAGAUGAUGGCAAAAAAGGCAGCGGAAAAAGCACGAAAGGACAUGGAGGAGGAGCUUAGCCGGCAGGCCGAGGAAAAGCGUUUGCAAUCUCUGCCGCCGUGGAAACGGCAAUUGAUGCAAAACAAGAGACAAGACGACAAGCUGUCGACCAAUGGGAAACCACCACCAGCUUUCGUGGGCAAGGUGACGUUUGCCGAAUCUGCGGCGGACGGUCAAAACAAGGAAAACGAUCAGCCGGCAGUGGAAGAUGAACCAGUGGCGGAGACGGAAGAGAAACCCACGGCGCCACAGGCUCCUUUGCAGCCACAGCAAAUAGUCUCCAACAACAACGCAAAAGACUCCGACGGGGACGAGGGUCUUGCCAAAAUCAUUCCGUGGAGAGCUCAGUUGAGGAAGACCAACAGCACUCUCAAUCUUUUAGAGUAA